AUGUGCACGACACUUCCGGUGGCGCUAGUCCCUGUCGCCGACGCCUUUGAGACCCUACCGCCACGUGAGCCUACUUUUGAUAGUCCACGGGAACUCGCCACCUGUCAAAUCCAGCGGUUCACAGAGGAGGAUGGGGCUGUUCAAGGGCCACUCCCAGCCGCAUAUCCGGGGAGGGUUGGCGAUGGAUCUGCCGCGGCGUCGCCAUGCUUGGUCUGCGGCGAGGACGAGAACGAAAGCACGGUACUGUGCGAUUUGUGUUUUGCGGGUUACCACAUUCGCUGUCUUGCGUCGCGCGGAGAGGAGGUCCACGUGGACAAGGACGGCGAGUGGGUGUGCGAUCUGUGCGAAGUGGAGGAGAAGCGGAAAGCGACGGUCGUCGUCGUGUGGGCUGAGGAGUGCGCGGAGAAUAGACGGUCAGCGGUCCAGCAGCCGGCAGAUAACCGGCUGGACGGCGGGCGGGUAGCCGACGAGCGGAUAGCUGACGUGGACGUCAGGACACCGUUGAAUGACGAGCAGCAGUUGAUCGAGGAUGGGGAUGAUGACGUGGUUUUGUUGGAAGCGGACGUGGCACCCGUGCAACCCGGUGUAUCCGGAGGUGAUGACGUGGUUCUAGUGCCACGUGGGGAUACGGAGUCGCGGGUCGGCGUUAGAAGGGGAGGAGAGAAGCGUGGCAGCGGCGGCAGCGGCGGUAGCGGUGGUAACGUUGCGAAAACGAAUGGUAGAGGGAAGGGCAAUAACGAAGAGCCAUGGUUGCAGAAUUUCGAGAAGCGAGGCAGCGGGGGAAGGGAUGGGGACGACGGGGAUGACAGCGUGGCAGACCACAAAGGCCAUUGGCUGCUGCAGCGCACGUGGCUGUCUCCGGUUGGCUACACGCGCGUAGGGCCCAUGUUCCAGGCUAGCGUACCGGAGUGGGCGGGCCCGCCUUGUGUCUUUAACGGAGCUGGCGCUAGCGGGGAUGAGGAGGCUCGGGAGUGCAAUCGACGAUACGACGAUGAUGAUGGGGCGCGGCCGCCCUUUGGACACGAGGCCAAGUGGACGGACGUGGAGCACCGAGCAGAGAUUGACUCGUGGUCGCGAGGUGAGCUUGGGGCGGUGGCCAUGGGGUGGUGGGCAUUGGGUUUCUCAUCAUCUCUCUCCUCAUCUCUCCCUCCUCUUCUUUCCCCCCUCACCUUUCCCUCCUCAUCUCCCCCCUCUCAUCUUUCCCUCCUCACCUACCUCCUCAUCUUUCCCACCUCAUUUUUCCCCCCUCGCUGUUCCCUCCUCACCUCCCGCCCCCCUCCUCCCCCCACAUUUUCUCCUCAUAUUUCCUUCCCCAUCUUUCCCUCCCCAUCGUUUUCCCUCCCCGUCGUUUUCCCUCCCAUCGCCCUCCCCUGCCACCUCGUGCUCCUCCUGCUCUCGCUCUCCGAGUUCGAAGGGCAGUCGGAGAGCACGUGCUCUUCGCCCUGCUGCGCUGCGCCCACACGGACGUCCGACUGCGGGCGAGCAACAUCAUCAAUAGCAGCUUCUGCUGCUGCUGCUGCUGCUGCUGCUGCUGCUGCUGCUGCUGCUGCUGCUGCUGCUGCUGCUGCUGCUGCUGCUGCUGCUGCUGCUGCUGCUUCCGUUGCUGUUGCUCCUUGUCUCACCUUCCCCCCUCCCCCCCUCUUCAUUUCCCUCCCAUGGCCCUCCCCUGCUGCAGCGCGCUCCUCUCGCUCGGCGGGCAGUCGGAGAGCGAGUGCACUUCGCCCUGCGGCGCCCACACGGACGUCUGACCGUGGACGAGCUUCAGCAGCAGCAGCAGCAGCAGCGGCGGCGCCGUACUCAUAUGUGCGCAUGUCCGAACGGCUGCUCCGGCGCCGCUGCAGUCCGUAG